AGGGAAGGGGGGACCAUGGACCUCAUCAGCAUCCAGCACUUGCUAAGUGGAGAAAGAGAUGAAAGGAAAGUGUUGGCGCGUGGACAUGGCGUUCCUGAUCCUGGAGGCCGGCCCAGUGGCUGGGGGCUUGGACCCCAAGAGGCUGAUGCCCAGGAGAGACAGAGGCUGGAGGAAGAGAAGAGGAAGAAACUGGAGAGAUUCCACAGCUCCAGGCUUAACCUGGAGAGUCUGGCAGACUUGGAAAACUUAGUUCAGAGACGAAGAGAAAAGAGACUGAAACUGAAGCGCAGAGGAGUCCCCCCCAGGGCAUGGGAGCACCUGGUGGAGCCGCAGCCCAAGGCCCUGCUGGAGCCUGUGGACCUGGAGAGGUUCCUGAGGGCAGCUGCCGAGAACCAGGAGGCCCCGAUCGACAAGUACCUGGCAGAUGGCGGGGACCCCAAUGCCCAUGACAAGCUCCACCGCACUGCCCUGCACUGGGCCUGUCUGAAAGGCAACCUGCAGCUCGUGAAGAAGCUGCUGGAGGCAGGAGCCAACGUGGACGCGCGGGACCUGCUGGACAGGACACCCGUGUUCUGGGCAUGCCGAGGAGGACACUUAGACAUCCUCAAGGAACUGCUGAACCAGGGAGCCCAGAUCAACGCCCAGGACAAGAUCUGGAGCACCCCCCUGCACGUGGCAGUACGCACGGGGCACUGCGACUGCCUGCAGCACCUCAUCGAAUGUGGGGCCCGCAUCGACGCGCAGGACAAGGAAGGGGACACAGCGCUGCACGAAGCGGUGCGGCACGGCCACUACAAGGCCAUCAAGGUGCUGCUGCUGUACGGGGCCAGGCUGGGCAUGCAGAAUGGGGCGUCCAUGACCCCGGUGCAGCUAGCACGAGACUGGCAGCGGGGUAUCCGUGAAGCGCUGCAGGCCCACGUGGGCCACCCGCGGACCCGCUGCUAGCAAGGACGGCGCCCCUGCAAGCUGCCUCACUUCCACUGCCACUCCAGGCCCCACCCAGAGGAGCCCCGGCCCAGCCGCAGCCCCCACACCCCCUCCGCCCCUAGGGUGCCCUGCUGGACAGAAGAGACCGCCCAGGCAGGCAGAGAGGGGUUCCCGGGAGGCUGGACGCCUGGGUGACUGUCCCUGCCAGGGCGGCAGCUAGGAGAGGCUGAGGCAGAGCACUUCGGGAGGAGACAGCCGGGCCCGGCGGGGCCCAGCCAGGGGAGUGCAGUCCAGGCAAGACGGCUGUCCCCGGGAGCUGCGGGCCAGGUCAGACCUGCCCGCCCCCUUGCGUCUUGCACAGCGAACAGCUUCCCCAGGCACCCUGUAGCCGUCCAGGCCACAGGCAGGUUUCUCUGGGCCCUUCUUACCAGCAGCAACCCUGGUAAGCAUGGGUGCUGGGCGUCACUCUCAGGGACUCUGGAGUCGGGCCUGGAGCCGGGCUGCUGCUCUGCAGGCGCGCGGUCGUCCCGCGGCACAGACCCAGCUCCGCCCUUGGUUGCCCAGAGGCCUGAGACUGACGGGCUAGACCCCCCCAAUAGCACAGAGGAACCUUGGCCUGACGCGGGACCACGGAGGCCGCCCCAGCUGGCCACUGGGGAGCUCCCACUGGGGCCAGAGCGUCUGAGGCUGCCCGUGGCCUGCGGAAGGCACUGAUGCCCUGCAGCCGCCCACUUGCUCUCCCCCAGUCCAGGCAGGAUGGAGAUCCUCAACCCCAGGGGAGCAGGGGCUGGUCAGGCGCCCCACUCCUGCUCCUCUCAAGAGCGCAUCCCUCCAGCCUGAGUCUUGGGAAGCCUCUGCUGGCUGUCCCGGCCUGGGCCCUCUCCUCCAGCCCCCCUCCAGGGCCCAGCCCUUCUAUCCUAGGCCUCCCUCCGGGUGACUGGGUCCUGCGGGCCAGGGAGCACUGAGUGGCGGGAAGAUGAGUGGCAGCCCCAGUCUGCAGCAGCAGCAGCCUGUUUGGGGGCCAGAAUGAGACGGUUCUGACUGUGACACUUUUGACAAGGGCUCCAGCCCAGGGGCCAAGCACCUCCCUCCGGGGGACAACCCUGCCCUGCCCUGCCACCAGCACACUCAGGGGCUGGGGCUGGGGCGGCAGGCUCGAGUGAGUCCACGGAGAAGACGACUCCCCAUCCAGACAAUGGGGACACCUAACGAAAGACAAAGCACCUUUUUAUACGCAUCAGUACUUUCUGUUCAUUAAAACUUUCUGUUCAGCCUCCUUGUCUGUUCUGGACUGGGGUGGAGUCUGUUUGGGUUCCCAGCUCCCAACCCUUACUACAGCCAGACACAAACCUACUGGCCACACGGUCCUGGGCAAGUCACAGAGGUUCAGACAAUCUGAAUCAGAAUCCCUGGGGUAUACACCUCCAAAUCUCACCCAAAAUAAGGAAGUGCAGCAAGACCUCAGUACGAGAUAAAAUGUACAGAAACUCUUACCUUCUCUCCUCCUUCCCUUCCUGCGCCACAUUUAGCUGUGCUAAGGCUGACAUCUGGCCUAACUCCUGGCAGGAGUGAGGGAUAGUGCUGGGAGACCGUAUGUGGUCCUGGGGAACUGAACCCAGGUUGGCCGGGUGCAACACAAGAACCAUAACCUCUGUAUGUCUGUACUAUCACUGCAGCCCACAAAAACUUGUUUCUGUGUCCCAACAGUGUAUGAACACCAAAAUUAAUGCAGUGAAUCAUUCCAAUUUCUUCAAAAAGUGGAGUAUUUAUUUAUAAGUCUAACAAAGCAUGCAUGUAAGGACUUAAGUGGGAAAAAUACAAAUUACAUUGGGCCCUGAAUGACAGAACAUCGGGUAGGGUGCUUGCCUUGCAUGCAAGUGACCUGGGCUUGAUCCCUGGCACCACAGGUUGUUCCCCAAGCCCACCGGGAAUGAUCCCUGAGCAGAGUUUGAAGCCCUGAUCACUGCCAGGUACGGCCCAAAUACCAAACCAAAAAAAUAUAAAACUAUAAAUCACUGAUGAAAUACAAGAUUUAAAUAUAUAUAUAUAUAUAUAUAUAUAUAUAUAUAUAUAUAUAUAUGUAGUGAGAACCUGGGUUAACCCACUGCACCACACAAACAUCCAAAAAAAAAAUGUGUUCAUGGAUUGGAAGAGAAAGCAUAGUAAGAGAUGUCAAUUCUCCCCUUAUCAAAUGUGUUAAAGCUCCUACCAGGGGCUGGAGCAAUAGCACAGCGGGUAGGGCGUUUGCCUUGCACGUGGCUGACCCGGGUUCGGUUCCCAGCAUCCCAUAUGGUCCCCUGAGCACCACCAGGGGUAAUUCCUGAGUGCAGAGCCAGGAGUGACCCUUGUGCAUCGCCGGGUGUGACCAAAAAAGCAAAAAGCUCCUACCAAAAUUGCAACAAAAUAUUUUUGUAGCUAUUAGGUCAAUAAAUGUUAACCUAUAAUAUUCUUGUAAAAGAGUAAAGAGUAGGGGCCAGAGAGCACAGUGGGUAAGGCACUUCCUUGCAUGCAGCUGACCUGGGUUCAGUCCCCAGCAUCACCACGUGAUCCCUGAGCCAGGUGUAAGCCCUGAGCACCACUGGGUGUGGCAAGAAAAAAAAAGUAAAUUGAAAGGAAUCGCUCUACUCAUUUUCAAGACAUUAUGCAGCAACAGUAACCAAGACAGCCAUACUGGGCCACGGAGAUGGCACAGGCUGCUUAGCAUGCAAGAAGUUGGGGUCCCCACACUGCGUGGUCCCCCUGAGCACCAUGCCAGGAACUGCCCAAGCAGCGCUGGGUAUCACCAAAACAAGUAUUGAUGAAGAACACAGGUAUGGGGCCCGCAACGACAGCACAGUGGGGAGGACGCUUGUUUUGCAUUGUAGCCGCCCCAGGUUCGAUCCCCAGCACCCAUAAGGCCCCCUAAGCCCCACCAGGAGUAAUCCCUGAGCAGAGAAUCAAGAGUAAAGUAAGCCCUGAGAACAAUCAGGUGUGGCCUAAAGAGCAAACACAAAUUAUACAUAUAUAUAAAUUUAUAUACGUGUUUUUAUAUAGUUUUUCAUAUAUAUUUAUAUAUAUGAAAAGAACUCUGAAAUCUCAACAGUUAACACGACAAUCGGACUAGAAAACGGGCAAAGACAUGGACAGUUACUUCACAAAGGAAAAUAAAACAUUCAGUGAAAAUUUAGACACCAGCCAUUGUGGAGACAAAUGAAAACUACAGCCCAGUGUUGUUACAGACUUACCAGAAAUGUCUAAAAUAGCAAGGUGCCAAAUGUGGGUGAGAAUCCAGAGAAACCAGGUCAUGCAGACACACUAGGGGAGGGGGACAUAAAAUCACACAUGCACAUACUCGGCAAACACACAAAUACCACACGGUCUGGCAAUAUUCCUGAACUCUAAUCUCAGAGGAAAAAACCAUGUUUACACCAAAACCUACCGAAGGUUCAUAGCAGCUUUAUUCAUACUAGCCAAAAAAUCACCCCGACAUCCUUCAAUGAGACAAGUGAGGACACCCUGCAGUCCUAACUUCACAGGGUCCCCGAGAGCAGGGGACUCCGGAGCAUCCACUGAGGGACAGGUGCCAGCCCCACACACAACUUGCUGCCUGACCCUGCCAGACUCUGGCCCAACAGAAGCAGAGAUGAAGACCAGGUCAGCAGCGGCAGGGCGUGGAGGGACCCCGGGGUAGCCCAACAGGGGCUGGGCAGUGCCACCUCCGCGGCGAGGGGAGAGAUGCACACCUGCUGCAACGCAAGGCCAGGGAGAGGACAGGGCACCAGUGCAGGGUAGCGCGUCCCCUGCAACUGCCUAUGAAUCUGCGAUUACUUCAAGAUCAGAAAUUAGGUAGAAGUUUUGAAAAAGCAGGAGAUCAAGUUGCCACUUCGUAUUCUGGUCCAGAUUCAGCAACAGAAAAAAGGACAUUACUGGGGCAAAAAACUGGCCGUAUUAAAAAAUAAAAAAGUUAGUAAGCCCGUGAUUUUAGUUAAUAGUUUUAUAUGUUAACUUCUUAAAUUUUGAUAAAUUACAAUGGUUACGUUAACAUUAGAAGCUGGGGGAGGGGCUGGAGCGAUAGCACAGCGGGUAGGGCGUUUGCCCUGCACGCAGCCAACCCAGGUUUGAUUCCCAGCAUCCCAUUUGGUCCCCCGAGCACCAACAGGAGUAAUUCCUGAGUGCAUGAGCCAGAAGUAACCCCUGUGCAUCGCCGGGUGUGACCCAAAAAGAAAAAAAAAAAAAGCCGGGGGAAGAGAAUAUGAAAUUCUGCCAUGAAUCCAAAGGUACUUAGUGAAAACUUCUGCUGCCCUGUUAGAGGCUGCAGGCUGGCACCAGGUACCAGCACCUAAGUCUGCUAGGAGAUGCCCAAGUGCAACCACGGUUGCCCUGGAGAGAUUUUAAAGUGCCUACCUCCCGCCCAGGAUUGCUCUAGUGAGAACCCCUGAAACCCCGUUUCUAAGCCAAGUUUCUGCUGUUCUUUGACUUUCCCUGUCCAGGUUUCCUGGCCCACCCUGCUGCCCAAGCUAGACUCUGAUUCCUGGAGUUUUAUCAAGCUCACAAAGGAGGGAAAAGGGAAAAUACCUCCCGCUUCCUACUUCUCUCAAAAUCACAGGCAGGAACAGGAAGCAGAGAGCUUGGCAUGUUUUGGAUUUGAGAGAAACCUCAAUUUCACUUUCCUUC